GGGAAGAUAGAUACUAUAUUCCCGGCCAAAAUUGUUGCAUUCUGGGAGCCCAUGUGUUUGUCAAAAUGGCGGAUCACGACUCUGAUGAUGAAGUGCAAACUAUUGCUGAGGAUAUCGUUGUUACGAAGUACAAGAUGGCAGCGAAACUUGUCAAUGAAAUCCUAGAGCAAGUUUCAGCCAAGUGUGUAGAGGGAGCUAAGGUUUUAGAGCUAUGUGAGUUUGGUGACAAGCUCCUAACUGAUGGCACAGCCAAUGUUUUCAAGAAAGAGAAAGAAAUGAAAAAAGGAAUUGCGUUUCCUACCUGCAUCUCUGUAAAUAACCUCAUCUGCCAUUUCUCACCUCUCAGGAGUGAACCUGAUGUUGUCUUGAAAAAUGGUGAUGUUGUAAAAAUAGAUCUCGGGGCACAUAUAGAUGGCUUUGCAGCUGUUGUAGCACACACACUCGCCGUAGGUUCAUCCAAGGAUAAAAUAAUAGAAGGCAGGCUGGCAGAUGUUAUGCUAGCUGCACACUAUGCCAGUGAGGUGGCUAUUAGAAUGGUCAAACCAGGCAAUGAAAACUACAUGGUAACAGAGGCUAUACAAAAAGUUGCAGAAGCAUUCAAAUGCAAACCAAUAGAAGGAAUGUUAUCACAUCAGCUCAGUAAACAAAUAAUAGACGGUGAAAAGGCCAUCAUUCUUAACCCAUCAGAGGCCCAUAGGAAAGAACAUGCCAAAUGUGAGUUUGAUGUUCAUGAGGUGUAUGCCCUGGACAUGCUUAUUAGUACUGGAGAAGGCAAAGGCAGGGAACGAGACGCUAAACCAACAGUUUAUAAAAAGAGUGAUUCAACAUAUUCACUAAAAAUGAAAGCAUCUAGGCAAUUCUUUAGUGAGAUGGAUAAGAAAUUUUCAACAAUGCCUUUCACAAUAAGAUCUUUUGAGGAGGAGAAAAAAGCCAAGAUGGGAGUUGUAGAGUGCUUAAAGCAUGACCUCGUAGAAGCAUUCCCAGUCUUGUAUGAACGAGAUGGUGAAACAGUUGUUCAGAUGAAGUUCACAGUACUCCUGAUGCCAAAUGGCCCAAUGAAAAUCACAGGACCCACAUUUAACCCAGACCUCUACAAAUCGGAAUAUAAAAUAGAAGAUGAAGAAAUAAAUAAACUCCUGGCCACCUCUGUGUCAAGAAAGGCUAACAAAAAGAAGAAGAAGAAGGCCGUAGAGCAGACUCAGGCAGCCACUACUGAAUCUGAAGACCCACCUCAGCUUGUUGAGAAACCAGAGGCAUAAUCUAGCACAACUCCAUCCUCCAUGUUAAAUGUUGCCACACAUAUACCAGCAGUUUACUAUCAACUCUACAUAAUGCAAUGUUAGAACAUUGGAACACCUUCUUGGUUGGGUUUGAGGCGAGGAUUUUGCCAAAUGUUUUGGAGAUUUUGAAUCUUUAGAAAUAGGAGAAAUUAGUAUCUCCAGAAUUGAACAUCGACUUGAUACACAUGAUUUAUAUGAGUUAUAAUUAUUUGGACUAAUGAAGGACUUGAUUUCAUAAGAGGCAGUUAUUUUAGAGAGUGCAGUGAAAGAAUA